AUGCCACCGAGGUUUUGGUGGAACGGUAUUACUGGUCUGACGUUUCGCAACUUCGCAUUUGUCAGAGAAGUGAAAGAAGCUGAUACGUUAAAUAUGGAUGUGGAAUCAGAAUUCAAACAAUUAGAAGAAGUCAGCAGCAAUGAAAGGAUGAAUGGAGAAAAAGAUGAGAGAGCUGAAGCCUCACGGGAGGUGAAAGUUAAGGACAGUAAAGAAAAGAUGACAUGUGGAAUGAUAAUAAAAAUGUCUACUUUAAUUUGUAUUAAUCUUCUUAAUUACAUGGAUAGGUUUACAAUUGCAGGAGUCUUAACAAAUAUACAAGCAUUUUUUGAAAUUAAUGACGCUGAUGCUGGUUUGCUGCAGAGUUCAUUUAUGGUCUUUUUUAUGUUUUGUUCUCCAGUUUGUGGUUUUCUAGGCGACAGAUAUAACCGGAAAUGGAUUAUGGUCGUUGGAAUUGCUAUUUGGGUUUUCGCUGUUUUUGGCUCAACAUUUGUUCCUAAAGAAAAAUUUGUGUUGUUUCUCCUACUACGUGGAGUUGUUGGAGUUGGUGAAGCGUCGUAUGCAACGAUUUCUCCGUCAAUAAUUGCCGAUAUGUUUACUGGACCAAGUAGAAGUCGGAUGUUGAUGAUCUUCUAUUUUGCAAUUCCACUUGGAAGUGGUCUAGGAUUCAUUGUUGGUUCUAAUGUUGCUGCCUUAACUGGACAUUGGACAUGGGGCGUACGAGUCACAGUAUUUCUUGGCGUCAUUUGCCUUGCGAUGAUCAUCAUUUUCAUCGAAGAACCUGAACGUGGAGCAGUUGAGCGAGUAGAAGGACGUGAGAAAACAUUGGUAGCGACUAGUUACUGGAACGACAUCGUAGCCCUUGCUAAAACGCCCACUUACGUACUUUCUACGGCCGGUUAUACUGCUAUUGUUUUCAUGGUGGGAACAUUGUCAUGGUGGGCAGCAACAACUAUCGAGCAUAGCGAGGCAAAUAAGUUGGGCUUGAACAGCACAGCUUUAUUGGAUCCAAAACUAAAAGCGCGAGUUAGUUUGGUUUUUGGGGCUAUUACAUGCGCUGGAGGUCUGUUUGGUGUAGGCCUUGGAUCCACACUUUCUAUGCUGCUUCGGACCGGUUAUGGACCCUUCAAAGCUAUUCAGACCGUCCGAUCAGAUGCAAUUAUUUGUGGAGUUGGAGCCCUGAUCGGUGUACCAACGUUGUUUUUGUCCCUUCAUUUGAUCCCCAUAAACAUGCCAGCAGCAUGGGCAUUUAUGUUCACCGCAAUUACUGUUACUUGCUUUAAUUGGGCUACAAAUGUGGAUAUGUUAAUGGAUGUGGUUAUACCAACACGACGAAAUGCGGCGAAUUCUUGGCAAAUCUUGCUCUCCCACAUGUUUGGGGACGCUUCAGGACCGUAUAUCGUUGGAAUAAUCUCGGAUCAUAUACGAGGAGAUGAUUCUUCUCCGGCCGGGAAUUUCCGAUCGCUUGUAAUUUCUUUCCAUCUUCCAAAUGCCAUACUAUUGCUUGGUGCAGUAUUGUUCUUCUGUGCUGCGUACACCUUUGUCAGAGAUAAUAACAAAUUCAAAGAACACAUGGGGAUCGUUAAACCUGCUCCUGAACCUCCCGGAAGUGAAAUGCCCCUGCCGUCGGCACCAACCCAAAGCGAUGAAAGCGAAAGAAAACAGUUGUCAGCAACUUCUAAAAGUAAAGAAAGUGAAAUGCCAGCUUCGACAGCUCCAAGAAGCGAAAAUAUCGAAGUGAAGCCAUCGUCGGCAGAAUCCGGAAGCAAAGAAAGUGCAGCACCCCCACCGGUAGAUGAAGGGAACAGCACGCAGCAGAAAGAAGAAAGGCAUGAAGCAGGGCACUUAACCAUACCAGAAGAGCUACUUUAUCUUCUGCACAAGAUCAACUUGUGGAUGCUCUACCAUGUGAUCGAAAUUGUUGUCGCACUGGUUGCCAUCGAAACAACAACUUCUUCCAAUGACAAAUCCGAACCGAAUAGUGACGGUAUCGCACUACACAACGCAUAUACCAUGUAUGAAACGAUCUACUACAUAUUACGCACUUCAAACGUGACAGUGGAUGCCGACGCCAUUGAAGUGAUCUUAUGCGUUAUGUCGAAAGAUGUCAAAGCAACUACAGUUAGGAAAAUACUAAGGGGACUUGUUGGAGAGAUUGAUACGCGUUACCGACCAUCCUACCUGAAUGUGGCAAUACCACGAAUAGUUGGUCUCUACAAGAAAAUGAGUGUAUUCGUCUACAAACUGGCAGAAAUCGUUGACAUCACUGGUGACGAAGCGAAAAGUUACACGAAGCUACUCCGUUCUAUGCAGCUGUCUGUCAUCAUCGCUGCCGCUCUGGAUAUUGCUCAGAAUGAAAAUGAUAUGGAGCUGUACAAGCAAGUCUUAGCGCUUGUAAUGGAGAUUAACAAUAUGGACAGCUACUGGAAUAGAACUGUGGUCGAACCAAUGCGAUUCCCCACGAAACAACGAUAG